GCAAAGGCAGCCGCAGGCUCUAAAAUCGGCGGUGCAGAUUUCAAGGCUGCAAGACGCGCCAAACGGGAGGGCUUCGGUGAAGUUGAGAUGGUCGGGUUCAUGGGUGGUUUUUAAGCCUUAGCCGUGUCGUCAUGGUGGAUAUAUGCAUGUCUCACAGACAUGCAGCGCUCUUGCGUGGAGUUAUUCUACGCUCUGGGGAUCUUGAGGUUUCGGUAUGUUGAUCUAUGUGGGUCUUGUUAUGCUUUUAUGCUAUCUGUCUAUGUUGUCUAUGUUGUCUAUCACUUUCUCUGUCAUGACGCCACGUACCUGCAUGCCACUGGGCUGGACCCUGUACCGAUCGAUGGCUUUGGCGUCGAUGAUGAUCUUUUUUACGUUACGUUAGUAGUUUUAAUAUUUGCACGCACCGAGUGGGAUGUACAUGUAUAUGUACGCUUGGCUAUUCGAUAUUCGAGAGUUUCUUCACUGAACUUGGCAGAUUCAUCGAGCAAUCUCUCCAUGUCUUCUCAUUUGCACAGUUGCACGCGACCAGGUGCUUGGAGAAUCUGAGGAUAU